UAUUUUGCAAGAAAUGAUAUUAUUGAGACCAUUCGGUAAUAAGAGCGUGAUAAAAGCUUAGCAUUUUAUGUACGCUUUCUUCUUGAUAAUUACUCGUACUAUGUAUGUCAUUAAAGUGACGAUGAGUGAAGUGGAUAAUGAACACUUGGCCUCGUGCAACAAUCAAUGUGUGGUUGGAAUUCAUCAAGAUGAUGCGGAACUAUAGCAAACUUGGCUACUAUGACAAACAGCCUACAUUCGAAAAAAAAAAGAAUUGAUUUAUCGAGCUGACCAGUAGAGAGGACAGAGUAAGACGUAACGGAGGAGAAGCUGAUGAUCUGUGCUUCAGACAGCUACAAGAUCACCUGAAGAACGAGAAUCGACGAGUUCGCGUAGAUCACGCUAUCGCUUACGAUGGAAAAGCGACGUUCAAUGAUUUGGAUCUUACAUUUCCUUCAUCUCGCGGUGUUCUGCAAUUUAGUGACUGCCAAAAGUGAAUAUACGAAUCUAUUUGAACGGUGCGCAAACGAGAAAAACACCUUCGAUUGUUUCAAACGGCGCGCCUUGGAAAUCCUCGACUCGGCUAUCCAAGAUGAUUCUGUAUAUAAAAUCAAUGAUUAUAUUUCAAUUACCAAAGAUCCAUCAUCUACCGCCAGAAGUCGCAGUUCGAUGUCAUCUGAAAAUGGCACGGAAUUAAGUCUCGAUCAGGAAUUGGAUAACAAAUUCUAUGAAUAUUUGACAUCGAGAAGCGUAAAACUGACAAUACCGGGCAAUGCUUUUGAAGGAAGAAGAAAAAAGAAUAAGGGUUUCGGAUAUAUACUAGUAGCAGGUGCCGUGUUAGCAGGCAUGAUGGCGCAACUAGCUUAUGGAAAAAUUGCUUUUCUCGCUGGUACGGCUUUGCUAACGGCAAAAAUGGCCUUAGUUUUAAGCGCGAUAGUCGGCUUAAAAAAGCUCGUGUCAAGCGGAGGAGGUCAUGAAGUGAUCUAUGCAACAGCAUCAGAACAUCAUGGAGGUGGUGGUGGAUACGGCGGUGGAUACGGUGGUUGGCAACGAACAAUGGAUGUAGUUCCUCCAACCUGAAUCAUAUUCGACACAUACUAUAAAUUUGAAAGUUUUAUGAUUUAGUUACCGCAUGUAAUACAUCUUCUUUGAUGUAUCUCCGAUAAUGAAAACGUAUUAUUAUUUUUUUAUU